AUGGCUAGUAGAAAAAGAAGACUCCCAAAUGAUGCAGACACUAGUGCACUCCACAAGGAAUGGGAUGAAAUCUCUUGCCCAAUAUGCAUGGAUCACCCCCACAAUGCUGUUCUUAUCCAAUGCACUUCUCACUCAAAAGGCUGCAGAUCUUUCAUUUGUGACACAAGUUACAGACAUUCAAAUUGCCUCGAUCGAUUCAAAAAACUCGUAUCUGUAUCUGUAUCUGAAACCAACGAAACCACCCCAACAAGUUUGCUACCCGUUAACACCAACCCCACAACACAAAAUCAUAGUUAUGAAUCAACCGAAUCAGAUGCAAUUGGAUAUGUGGAGUUGGCCGGAGCACCACCAGGAGGAGAUGGUGCUCCGGUGACUGUGACCGGAGAUUCUGACAACACAUCAAGUUCAAGGUCUAACUGUAACCUGAAAUGCCCAUUGUGUCGCGGAAGUGUGGCGGGGUGGGAGGUGGUGGAGGAGGUCAGACAGUAUCUAAAUUUGAAGCCCCGGAGUUGUUCUCAAGAAACAUGUUCGUUUUCCGGGAACUACAGAGAAUUGAGACGCCAUGCUAGGCGGGCCCACCCGACUGCCCGACCAUCUGAUGUUGACCCGUCUCGUGAAAGAGCUUGGAGACGACUCGAGCACCAGAGAGAAUACGGUGAUAUUGUGAGUGCGAUUCGGUCAGCCAUGCCCGGGGCAGUUGUGUUUGGGGACUAUGCAAUUGAGAAUGGAGAUAAUAGUAAUAAUAAUAGUAAUAGUAGAUUACCUGGUGAGAAUAGGGGGGAGAGGGGGACAGGUGAAGGGGGGAAUAAUAAUAAUGGACACUGGUGGACUGCUUUUUUCUUGUUUCAGAUGAUUGGGUCGAUGGAACCACCGCCUGCUGACCGGAGAAGUGGCGGCGGCGGUGGCAGGCCUAGGGUUCCGACGAGACACCGCCGUCGACGGCUGUUGUGGGGGGAAAGCUUGUUGGGGUUGCAAGAUGAUGAAGAUGAUGAUGAGAGUGAUGAUGAUAAUGAUAAUGAUAUGUUUGGGUUGAAUUUGGAUCAGACGAAGACCAAUCGUGAAAUAUCCGAUAAAGCAAACGGAUUUAGCAACUCGGUUUUCACAAAAGUGGAGGAGUGAUUGAUGAUUGAACUUUGAAUCGGCAUCAUAUGCACAGUCGACUGUUGUUUAAUUUAAAAAAGAAAGAAAAAGAGGAGGUAAGUGAAGGAAGGCAGUGGUUAUGUUGUUAUUUGUUAACAUUCACAAACUGUGGGGGGAAGGGCAUCUAUUUUACUUUGUAUUAUGUGCUUGUUUAUAAACCAUUUAUGUUUUGAGUUAUUUUUAUGUCAUGGAAGAUUUUAAUUGAUGCAAUGGAUGGAUUAGAUUGAAGGCUAAAAAUGAUUUCUGUGACAGACUUGUAAAUAAGUGAAAGCUGAAAGGCAUAUGCCUUCAUAAUCAGAGGG